AAUAUUUAACCGUGUUAGGUACGCUCUUUGGCUCAAAUUGUACGAAUGAAAAAUUUCCAUUCCUGCUGUGUAAUUCGUGUUCGUCUAGUUAGUGGUCUGGUAAUCUACAGAAAAUACUAGCAAUAUCCAGUAAAUAGUUUAGCAGUGCAGACAUAUUUUCAUAUUUUAUGAAAGUGCGCAGUGAUUUGUUGUCUAGAGCGAUUAAAUAUGAAUUCUUGUGAAUUGAAAACUAUCGGCUGGAAUACAAAGAAACGUUGCAGCAGUGAAGUAGCAGAACUAAUAGCACCGUCGAUUCCAGAUGUGGCGAGUUUCUCUUACAUUACAUUGGCCAAGGAAAGUCCAAACCGAGUGCUAGAAUCUGAUGAGGACAAUUAUAACAGCUUUAAUGAACAAGAAACAGAUAUCUGCCACGAUUCUAGCGACAUAUCUGAUAGCGAUACUGAUUCGCAAUGUUCAAGCAUAUCACAACCCUCGUUAGAUGAUGGACGUGUUGAUACGAUAGCCACCAUGGAAGUUGUUGAAUAUGAGGUAGCAAGUGCAACUGAAUCAGAGGAUGACUACUCGUCGGAUGUAUCCUCUGGAACUGAAGAUUAUAUGUUGGCAGCAUUUGCACAAGCGGUUGCAGAUAAUUCAUCCGCAUCUGAAUUCGCCAUUCUUGCGGACACAGAAGAGUCGGAUAGUCAGUCGUCUUACGAUAGUGAUUUUUCUCCGGCUGAUUACUGGAAAUGUGUCAAAUGUAACAAUAAACAAAACAAUCCCAUGUAUCGUUACUGUGAGAGGUGCUAUCAGGUACGUAAAAGUUUAUUUCCUCCGCGUCCAAAGCAGAAGCGUAAAAUACGAUCUAAAGAGGAACUUUCUGAUAGCAGCACAUCGUCAUCAUCGGAAAGACUAUUGUCUAAUAUUUCGACAAAUAUAGUUAAAUUAGAUUCUAGUAAAUUCCAUGGGAAAAAUAUCAGUUUAAGCGGAAAAAUAUCCUUAAGUAGAGCAACAGACAGCGACAGUGGAAACGACAUUGUCAUUGAAAAAACUGUUUUAUUUCAAAAACAAUUGAGUGACACUGACACUGAAAAGAAAAGCAAAAUAACGCAGAAGCGAAAAAUUUCAGAUGAUUUAAAUUGUAAUGGUUUUAAAAAACGGUUUGAGAGCCAAGAAGGAUUACCCGCAAAAAUUGAUAGUAAAAAUCAGCAACUACAGUUGGAUGUUUUCAAAGAUUCUGGUUUUAGUUCGUCGUCAAGUCAAGAGUACACACUAAUUACAGAAGAAAAACUUGUUUACGGUGAAAUUUCUUCUCAAGAAACAAUAGAUUCCAUUAGAGAUGAUUGUCCCAUAGUUACAAAUAUUGAUAACGUUGAAAUUUUAAAGCUUAAAGCAUCUUAUCCGAAAGAUAAACAACGCUAUCCAACUCUAUCACAGGUUUCGUGCUUAUCAGCAGAUUCCGUAUUAUUUUCACGUAAAAAUGAUACUGAUGCCAGUGUUUUGCGCGAAUCACAAUCUUCAGAUUUUAGCAAACUUAUUUCCAAUUCUGAAAUCAAUUUAGGUUCCUGUAUGUUUUGCCUAUCUGAACCUAAAAAUAGCGUUUUUGUUCACAGUAACUUUGUGCAUCUUUGUUGCUGCUAUAAAUGCGCCAUGAAAGUUUGGAAGCAACGAAAAUCUUGCCCAAUUUGUAACUGCAAGGUGAAAAAUGUGAUGAAACUUUUUGUUCAUUGAAAACGUGACUUUUGUGAAGUUUACAUAGCUAAUGAUGGCCUUUUGCUUAGGACCAACUGCAGCCCUAUCUUAAUAUGAAAGGAAUGAAAAUAGGCUUACUACAUGUGGAAUAUCAAGCAGGCACGAUGAUACUCUAUGCCCAGGGAAGUCAAGGAAAUUUCCUUUACGAAAAGAACCUACCGACCGGGAAUCGAACCCAGACACCUUCAGCAUGACUUUGCUUUGUAGCCGCGUACUCUAACCACUCGGGUAAGGAAGGGAAAGAGAGCGAACUUCACUCCUUUGAGAAAUUAGAAAACAACAGUGCCAGUACCUGUCAAAAUUUUCCUCGAUUUCCUCUUCGUUACCAACGAACUUAAGGUAACACACGAUGAACUCACUGUGGCAUCCAUGAACAAUCUAUGUUAAAACCAUCGUUAAAAAAAUCUGUUUUAAUAUCAUAUCGAUCUAUCGGCAUGUUGAUACACUUUCAGUUCAUCUCUGUCCGAUAGAAUGGGAUUCAUAAUCCCAAAACUACAAAAUUGAUCAUUUUUCAUGAAAA